GUCACUCUUCUUCUAGUGCUCAACCCUCCAGCCAAAGAAGUCUUCGCACGCCUGGAGAAAUUCAUUACAUUCAUUUGAAUGACUUGGCUAGAUUAAACUCUCAUUUCUUUUUCAUUUCGACCGUCUCCGCUGGGCUACAAUAAUGUGGAGAGAACGUCCGCUCCUGAUGGAAAUAGUGCCCGAAUGCGGAUCAACGAUAGCAGCACUGGGCAACCUUAACAACACGGAUUCCCCAACCAACCAGCCAACCAACCAACUUUUCACCCCUAGACGACAACAACACGAACCCAAUCGACACAUGGCAACGAUAAAGAUAGCAGCCACUCUCAAAUCACCCCUCUCUCCCUUCAUCCCCCCCUCGAGACUUCCUUGCUGCAGCCAGGGUCUGGCCGUCUCACGACUGCCACCCAAUCAUGAAUACCCGCUUGUCAGGGGGCGGAGGAAAUCCAAAAAUGCCGACAACUGCGCCCACGUCUGUGUUACACUUCCGGCUGUGCAUUACUGUAAGGCUAUCCCACGAUACAAUAACUAUAUGAUGCGAUGUCAGCCAGCGAGGCAGCAGAAACAGGCGCUAUUGCGCAGUGAAGACACGACCGGGUGCUACUGCGUAGUAUAUUUUGUCAAUUGACUGCCUAGGCAACCCGUUGUAUACUAUCCGCACUCUCGCACAGUCCGAGGGUCCAUCCGUGAAUGAGCACUGUUAGCACCAGGGAACCUACUCUCAGCUAUCUAAUUUCGCGUAUUCAGUCU